AAGCCCUCCAAGAACAGCCUGCCAUGGAAAGCACCUAAAAGAUCAAGCCCUUCAUUUCUUGCCGUCCGAACGACAAAGGCGAAGCCGGAGAAACUCGUCGCCUUCUCGUGGACACCUCUCCAUUGGCGACUCGUCUUUGAACUCAUCAUCGAUUGGAGUAAUCCAUGGUCCCCGUAUCCUCAAAGGAGCAUCGUUAAAGCAGAUUGAUCAUUCUUUGAUCUCUCUCUCUCUCUCUCUCUCUCUCUCUCUGUGACAUCAACAUUGUUCUCUGCUGAAUCAGACGACCACCAAUAUUCCCCAAGAGAAGGCAGGAGUAUGGCCUUUCGUCUUUGUUGGAUGUGCUAAUCAUGGAUGCAGAAGGGAUGAAGUUUGGAAGAGGACCUAGGGAGCUCACUGGUAAUGUGGAUCUUCUUUACUACUAUAAGUUGGGGCCUCAUCACAAUUUCUUUUGCAAAAGAGCCCUUCCUUCAUCAAUUUCAGGAACACAUUACCUCCAUAAUGUUGUGGGUGACACACAAAUCAGGAAGGGUGAAGGGAUGGAACUGGAUCAACUGUUUCAUACUGCGUCAUAUAUGCAAAGUAUGAAUUCAUCUAUUAGACCAUUUGACCUUGAUGCCCUUAGACAGGCCUUCCAACUAAGAGAGACUGAACCAAUUGAGUUGACUGCUGCAGACAAAGGAAUUCCUACUUCAGAUGCAAAAUCAACUGCAGAUUCAAAAGACAAGGAGAAGAAACAUAAGAAACAUAAAGACAAGGACAGGGAGCACAAGAAACAUAAACAUCAUCACAAAGACCGGAGCAAAGACAGAGAGAAAAAUAAGAAAGAUGGAAGUGGAAAUCAUGAAGGUGGUGAUCACUCUAAGAAGCAUCAUGAGAAGAAGAGAAGGCAUGAUGAUAAUGGAGAUGCUACUGAUUCUCACAAGCACAAGAAAAGAAAGCAUAGAGAGGAGAAGAGCUAAUUGUAUUUUGCAUCAUGAGGGUCUUUUCAUUUAUAUUUAGCAAGACUGAGGAUUGAAAGAAGGAUUGUCUUUGGUGAAAAAUCUCACGGUUAGUCCUCUGGGUGUGUCGAUGUCUCUGCUGAUGUUUUGAACAUCUGUGGGUUGGUCUUCUGUUAGGAGAUUCUGAAGCUCAUUUUCCUACUUUCAUGGUAGUCAACUUCCAACCGCGGUAUCUGCUAUCCCAAGUUGAUCAGAAAGUGAAUGCAAUUUACCCCAAGAUUAUUACCAUGUAGUGAGAUUAUUACUAUAUAAUAAGUGCAGUUAACACCAAGAUAAUUAGCAUAUUUCAGUUGGUCUCCUUCAUCUGAUUGGCUUUGCUUUUCUUUUUCUGGUGAGACUAAAUUGCAACUGUCUGAGAUCAAGGAAGUACGCAUGAGAAAGUAAAGCGCAUGACUAUGGU